GCUUUUUUGGGAGUCCCGAUAAUACAUUGGAGAAGUAAACCAUCAAUAAAAGCAAGGCAAGCGUUCCUUAUCGUCUCCAUUCGUUCCUGAUUCUCCAAUCUCCGUCGACAAAAAAGGCUCGGCAAUGGUUGCAACUCCCUUCUAUUGGGCGUCCUUGCUGCUCUUAUUCUUGGGAGCGGCGGUAGCUGAGGUCAGUACAGCCGAACAAGUUCCAAGUAUCAAACUUAACUCUCAUAUCCUUCAGGAGUCAAUCAUCAGAAAGAUAAACGAAGACCCUGAGGCUGGAUGGCAAGCUGCCAUGAAUUCUCGCUUCUCUAAUUAUACCGUUGAGCAAUUUAAGCACAUUCUUGGAGUCAAACCAACACCUCGAAAGGAUUUGCAAAGCACCCCUCUCAUAACUCAUCCAAAAUCCUUAAAGUUGCCCAGUAGUUUUGAUGCAAGAACUGCUUGGCCACAGUGUAGUACCAUUGGAAGAAUUCUAGAUCAGGGUCACUGUGGUUCUUGUUGGGCUUUUGGUGCUGUUGAAUCACUAUCAGAUCGUUUUUGCAUACACUAUGGCGUGAACACAUCUCUGUCUGCCAAUGAUCUUGUAGCAUGCUGUGGCUUUAUGUGUGGAAGUGGCUGCGAUGGGGGCUAUCCAAUUUAUGCAUGGCGAUACUUUGUCCACCAUGGUGUUGUCACUGAAGAGUGUGACCCGUACUUUGAUAAUACUGGCUGUUCCCACCCUGGCUGUGAGCCUGCAUAUCCCACUCCCAAGUGUGUUAGGAAAUGCGUAGAUAAGAACCAGCUGUGGAGGGAUUCAAAGCGCUAUAGUGCUAGUGCAUAUAGAAUCAGUUCUGAUCCCUACAGUAUUAUGGCAGAAGUUUACAAGAAUGGACCAGUUGAGGUCUCCUUCACCGUUUAUGAGGACUUUGCUCACUACAAAUCUGGAGUUUACAGACACAUUUCAGGUGACGUAAUGGGAGGUCAUGCUGUAAAGUUAAUUGGCUGGGGGACAACUGAGUCCGGGGAUGACUAUUGGAUCCUUGCAAAUCAGUGGAAUAGAAGCUGGGGCGAUGACGGGUACUUCAUGAUCCGAAGAGGGACAAACGAGUGCGGUAUUGAAGAUGAUGUGGUUGCUGGUUUGCCUUCAACCAAAAAUCUCAUAAGAGAGGUUGCAAGCGAGGAUGCUGUUGCAGAUGUUUCAGCUUGAAAGAACGUUGUUUAUCCGACAAGAACUUCUGCUUGCUGGCUGUUGUGAGCUGGAAGUGACAAAAUAUGGGUUAAUUAUGCCAUCAUGGUAUCAAAAUGAUGGCAAUCAGAAGCUGCUUGGGUGUGAGAAUGGACAAAGAUUAUAGUUGGUUUGUACAAUAAUAUUGACAUCGGGGCUUCAAAUCACCUAUACGCAAAGAACAAGUUUAUAUUAAUGCAAUCACGAUAUUAGCACAA